AAGGGGAGGAGGGAAGGAGGUCGUGCGGGGAGGGGAAGAGCUUUUCCCCAUCCCCUCCCUUCUCCCGCCGCGGACGGAGCUCCGGAGCCUCCUGGAGCUAAACCAGGUGGCGGCGGCGGCGGCGGCGGAGUACGCCGGGCGAGCAAACACCUCCCAUCACCGAUCCACGAGGUGGAGAGAACAAACGUUCCAAAUAAUCGUGCAGGCGUGGAAAAAGAGUCCUCGACUCCCUUGCUGCUGUUGCGCAGCAUCCUGGCUGCUUCCCAAACUUGGACGCUUGCCGCCUUCUCUCCUGUCUGGGAUUAUCCUAGUUUUCUCUCCUCUCCUUUAUCAAUCAUUUUCAUCUGAGUCGGCGGAUUUAUCAACUUUUCCUUCAGCGAAUCUUGAAGUAGCCUCUUCUCCGCUAUUUUCUUUCAUCACUGCAACUCACCUCGCGACGAUGGUGGUCAAGUGAAAGUGACGCCGAGGAAGGAGCCACAGUGGAGGGGAGAAUAUAAAGCCAUGCGGAGUCAUCGGUGAGGUACCGCGGCUGACCGAGGAGGAUGGCGGGCGGCAACCGGGAGCUGACGGUCACCUCCUCCCCGGCGGUAGCGGCCAAUGCGGAGGGAGAGGAAAUCGAAGUGUUGGAGAGCACCGAAGUCCUUCCCGUGGCUCCCGAAGACAAAUGGAAGGAACUAUUUGACAAGUAUGACCCGGACAAUUCCGGCUUCAUCAGUACAGAGCGCUUCAGGGACCUGUUGGCGACGCAUGGCUCAGAGCUGGACCCCCACAAGCUGGAAGUCCUCUUGGCCCUCGCCGAUGGUAACUCUGACGGAAAAAUCUGCUACCAGGACUUUGUCAAUUUGAUGAGUAACAAGCGUUCCAAUAGCUUCCGGAGAGCAAUCCUCCAGGGGGGCAGGCACCUAAAGGGCAGCAGUCUGCGGGAUGAGGUCGGUCUGGGUCUAUCCCAGCGCCUGGUCCGACACGUUGCUUAUGAGACGUUGCCGCGGGAAGUGGAUCGCAAGUGGUACUUUGACAGCUACAACUACUGGCCCCCUCCGUGGCUGAUCCUGACCAUCACCAUUCUUGAGGUAGUUGUUUUCUUUUAUUAUGGAUGUCACCUGGACCGCCUAGUUCUGCAGGUGUCCAGCCCAUCAUUCCUUAAGAGUCCUCUACCUUACCACCCCCAACUCCGGGCCCAGGCCUGGAGGUACCUCAGCUACAUUUUCAUGCACACUGGGAUUGAACACCUGAGCCUGAACAUGGCCAUGCAGCUGCUGGUGGGAGUCCCCCUGGAAAUGGUCCACGGGGCGGCGAGGAUCGGACUCGUCUACGCGUGUGGCGUGCUGGCAGGGUCUCUUGCGGUGUCCGUCACUGACAUGACAGCUCCCGUGGUCGGUUCGUCUGGCGGGGUGUAUGCCCUGGUCUCGGCACACCUGGCCAAUGUAGUCAUGAACUGGUCCGGCAUGAAGUGUCAGUUUAAAUUAUUCCGGAUGGCCAUGGCUCUGGUGUGCAUGAGUGUCGAAUUUGGCCGGGCGGUGUGGCUCCGCUUCUAUCCGCCGGCCUUUCCUCCUUGCCCCAACCCCAGCUUUGUAGCUCACCUGGGCGGGGUGAUGGUGGGUCUCACGCUGGGGGUGGUGGUCCUGCAGAACUAUGAACAGCGGCUCCAGGAGCAGUCCCUCUUUUGGAUCUUCUUCUGCGUCUAUACCUUGUUUGUGCUCUGUGCCAUAUUCUGGAACAUUUUUGCCUACAGCUUACUUGAUGUGCGGUUGCCCCCACCACCGUGACACCAGGACCCCCUUCGUCCUGUUCCUCAAGUGGACUCUGUUUUCACCCACUUGCUGCAUUUCUAGAGGAAGCCUUGCAAUCCCUUCCCAUGUAAAAUCAUGUGACCAGACUUAAUCCUCUUCAUCCCGAAUAGAGCAGUAUAAAAAAUGUGAAGCCUCAAGGACAUGUCUGCCCUGACUAGUGUGGUUUUGUAACAGUUGUAUAAUGACCAUGUUCAGCGCAACUACAUCGACCUUCGUCAAGGCCAAACUACUGACGAAUGUGAAAGAAGUCAGUCUUGCAAUUUUUCAACUUUUGUGUACUCUGCUUCUCCACACUGGAACGCCGGGGCUUGGAAGCGAACCCAUGACCGAUCGUGAUACUUUUUUUUAAAUUAUUUUUGACUCAACAGUUGGGAUUUUUAAUGCAUUUUUUUUUUUUAACUCCAUGUACAUGUGGACAUAGUCUUUUGCUACACUCAAUCCGAUGGUGCCUACUCAUGCAGCUUGGUAAAUGUUAUGGAACUGUUUUGUCUAUAAUAAUAAUAAUAAUAAUAAUAAUAAUAAUAAUAAUAAUAAUAAUAAUAAUACAAAGUCUGAGAGUUUUUCAUUGCACAUAAGUGAGAUGCAUUAGGCUGCCAUGAGCUGCAACGAUAUGGUUAAUUUCAAGUUCCUAGAGAAAUGAAACGAGGGUAGUAGUUCCAUGUUAUCUGAACCUCAUGCAUGUGUCUGACUUUUUCUGUAACCACUGCACCAAAAUGUGUGUCCACAGCACAAGCACAAGUGCCAUUCAUAAUGCUAAACUGUCGGAUGUGAUGCCAAACUGUUGUGUUUAGAGAUUGUGAAUGUCUGCAAUGAUGUUUUUUGUUGAUAAUGGUCAACUACUAUAUCUGUAUUAUUCCAAAAAAAUGGACAGAAGUGCACACGGGCAUGGCUUUGAUUGUCUGAACUGGUGUCAGUUCACACUCAAGUUUGUCAUUAUCCAAAAACGGGAAAGAAAUCGAUGCUCUGUCUGCCUCUGUCAAAGCAUAAUACCGUUUUUUAUUGAUUUGAGCUGUCGAUAGUACUGUACUUUUAACCUUAUAUUUCUUUGGUAACUACUUCGCACAAACCUUGAUUAUCGUGUGUUUAAACACAGAUUAACAUGUUUCCUUUUUUUCUCUAAGAUAUUGGUAUAUAGUGUACAUCGUCUGAUCUAUCUCCAUUGUACUGUAUAUAGUAUCUUGUAUGCAUUCUAUUUAAAAGUGAGUUAAAACCCGUCUAGGUAUGUAUUAUAAGGGUGGUGACACAACACUGAUGGGUACUAAUAUUUUAACAUUGUGGAUAUUUUGUAGAUUUGAUAUGUACAUACUGGAGUACAUUAAACAGUUUUAUACCGAAGCCAAA